UUCUGCAUUUCAGAGAACUCUGCCACUUCUCGCUUCCAGAUUCCGCGGGCAGCUGACACGGACCAGAAGCCAGGAGCCUCGCCCGCAGCCGCACAGGGAGCAGGGGUCCUAGCAAUAACUUGCUCGACGACCACCCUGCCACCUUCGGGAGCCCAGGUGCGCACCUUGCAAAACUCCGCUUUCUGCACCUGCCACUAAGCCCGCACGAGAGCCUUGGACAGAGCCAUGGCCAACGCGGGGCUACAGCUGUUGGGCUUCAUCCUGGCCUCGCUGGGAUGGAUCGGCUCCAUCGUCAGCACUGCCCUUCCCCAGUGGAAGAUUUACUCCUAUGCUGGGGACAACAUCGUGACCGCCCAGGCCAUCUACGAGGGACUGUGGAUGUCCUGCGUUUCGCAAAGCACCGGACAGAUACAAUGCAAAGUCUUCGACUCCUUGCUGAAUCUGAACAGUACUUUGCAGGCAACCCGUGCCUUGAUGGUAAUUGGCAUCCUUCUGGGACUGAUCGCAAUCUUUGUGGCCACCAUUGGCAUGAAGUGCAUGAAGUGCUUGGAAGACGAUGAGGUGCAGAAGAUGUGGAUGGCUGUCAUUGGUGGCGUGAUCUUUAUCACUUCCGGUCUGGCGAUUUUAGUAGCCACAGCAUGGUAUGGAAAUAGAAUUGUUCAAGAAUUCUAUGACCCCAUGACCCCCGUCAAUGCCAGGUAUGAAUUUGGUCAGGCCCUCUUCACUGGCUGGGCUGCUGCCUCCCUUUGCCUCCUGGGAGGUGCCCUACUUUCUUGCUCUUGUCCCCGGAAAACAACCUCUUACCCAACACCACGGCCUUAUCCCAAGCCAACACCUUCUAGUGGGAAAGACUACGUGUGACAGAGGUGAAGAGAAGAGAACCUGCGGAAGCAAAUACGAAAUGGACAUUGAAACUAGUAUUCACAUUGAGGCCUUAAGCUGUUGACUAUGGUUAUCUGAACUGUGGCAUAACAAAAGGAAACAUAUUUUUAUACAUCCCUGUGACUAUGAGGGGGCCUGGCUGUGCCUUACCAUCUUUCCUGAGUACGGGAAGGAAGCCUUUGCAUUUGAACUGCUACUUCCCACUGAGUAAUCACACUCAAAUGGGGGAAGGGUGCUCCUUAAGUGUGUAUAAAUAUGUAUAUAUACAUAUUUUCUAUUAAAACAUAGACAGUUAAAAACCUCUUAUUCUCCUUAUAUUGGUACAAGUAUACUUAAAAUGACUCUAAAAUACAUACAAUCACAUAGUGAGUAAAUAAGCCUACUAAUAUAUUUUUCUUUUUCUCUAUUACCAUAUAUGAUCUGUCAAAUAUCACCUCUUUGAUCAGCAUUUAGAGUCCUUUCCAUAAGAGCAAACUUCCUUAUCGACUCAAAUUUUGUCCCUUUUCCCAUAUGUAUUCUUCACAACAACAUAUUUAAAUUUUGUUUUACUCUAACAAUUGCUUUUUUGUUUCUAACUCCUGAAUCUAAUAACGAAUUUCACAGGCCACACUUGAAGUUUAAAGCAAGCACAAAUCACUUAGCUCUUCCAUUUCUGAGCUGUGAGAGCAAAUCUUCUGGAUAGGUGAUGUGUUUCAGCCUACCUUCCCAGACAGUCCUUGCACUUUGGUCUGUAGCCUUCUUGUUUGCUCUGAAAAUAUUUGUUUCACUGAGUGGCAGUACUGCUAACCCUGUUGUUGGAACAGUUUUAUUGAUUGCAUUUUUCAGGUACCUAUUCACAAUUCCAUAGCCUGCAAACUACAUUAUUUUUCUUCCCUCCUCAGCUAUCUUCCUUUCUCACGUAUAAUUAUCGUAUGGUUUAGCUCUUCCCAGAGAGGUGUGGUCUGUUUAUCUGCACAAAGUGCUAGACUUGCAGGAGUGAUAAUGUAGUGACAAAUAUUCUCUCUGUAGCUGUGAGCAAUUUACAGUCUUUAUACCUCUUUUCCCAUCUGUCAAAUUGGGAUAAUUACACUUAACCAGCUGGUAGAGGUAAUGUGAGUAUUAAUUAGUUGAUAUGACUCUCAUUCUUUGAACAUGAAAUAUGCCUAAGUAGUGUUUUUCCUUCCUCAAUUAGCAGUUUUGAAGUCACUGAAUAAAAUCUACACACAAGCCUUCA